AUGGCCGGCGCCGGUGCACCCGCAGCUCCCCAGGCCGCUCGCCCCGGCUUCGACGUCAUCGUGGUGGGCGCGGGCAUCAUGGGCAGCUGCACGGCGCACGCGGCGGCGUCCCGGGGCUCCCGCGUCCUGCUGCUGGAGCGCUUCGACCUGCUCCACCCGCUGGGCUCCUCGCACGGCGACUCCCGCAUCAUCCGCGACGCCUACGCGCAGCCGCGCUACCUCCGCAUGGUGCGCCUGGCCCGCCGCCUCUGGGCAGCCGCCGAGGCCGAGGCCGGCUACCGCGUCCUCACCCCGACGCCGCACCUCUCCAUGGGCCCGCGCGCCAGCGCGGCCCUCGCCGCUGCCGUCGCCAACAUCGGCGCCGAGGAGGUUGUGGCCGACGACCUCGGCAGCAGGUGGGGCGGUGCCUUCGCCUUCACCGUCCCGGACCCGUCCGACGGGUGGGUCACCGCGCUCAGCGACCACGGCGGCGUGCUUAGCGCCACCAAGGCCGUGGCCAUGUUCCAGUCGCUCGCCGUCGCGAAAGGCGCCGUGGUCAGGGACAACACCGAGGUCGUCGGCAUCGACAAGGCGCCCGAGGGCGGCGUCGUGGUGAGGGCCAGCGGCGGCGAGGCGUACCACGGCGCCAAGUGCGUCGUCACGGUGGGCGCGUGGGCGGCCAAGCUACUAGGCUCCGUCUCCGGCGUGGACCUCCCCAUCACGCCGCUGCACACGCUGCACCUGUACUGGCGCGUGAAGCCCGGCCAGGAGCAGAGCCUCUCGGCGAGCGCCGGGUUCCCGACGUUCUCCAGCUACGGCGACCCGCCCGUGUACGGCACGCCGUCGCUGGAGGUCCCGGGGCUCAUCAAGAUCAGCUGCGACGGCGGCCCGCCGUGCGACCCGGACUCCCGCGACUGGCUCGCCGGCGACGCGGAGGUCACGGACCGGGUGGCCAGGUGGAUCCAGGAGGCCAUGCCGGGCCACGUGGACGCCGCGGGCGGGCCGGUCGUCCGGCAGUCGUGCAUGUGCGCCAUGACGCCCGACUCCGACUUCGUCAUGGACUUCCUCGGCGGGGAGCUCGGGCGGGACGUCGUGGUCGGGGUUGGGUUCUCGGGGCAUGGAUUCAAGAUGGGCCCCGCUGUGGGGAGGAUCCUGGCGGAGAUGGCCAUUGAUGGUGACUCCAAGAUGGCGGCAGAGGCUGGCGUCGACCUCGGCUUCUUCCGGAUCGGCCGCUUCGAUGGCAACCCCAUGGGAAAUGCCAAGAAGGAUUAA